UAUGCGUCGUGGCUUCGCCACGUGCUUCUCGUCUCUUUAGAUACUUUGCGUUCAUCAUCGUCGACGAUGUUUUCGUAUAUAACCGUGUUCUUAUUGUAUUAACUUACCGAUCAAACCGCGAUUUCUCGCACUUUCGCGAUGCAGCCGAUUCAGAGGAUUUGUUUGUGACCGUCGGUCUCAUGACCAUGUGACGAACGAAAUAUUUAAUUUUUUUUGGACACGAAUUCAUCAUGGAGAUUUCAGUGUCUUUCGAACAAACGUAAUAGAAAUAGAUAUCUAAAAACGUUAGGCGUUUCAAGCGAAUUAAUGAACGAAUCAGAACAUAUUGUGAGGGAGGAUCGGUCCCAAGACAUCAUGAAGCAACGAGUCCUACUGGCUCUCGCCAACUUGAUCACCUCCUACGCAUCUUUCUUAGCGGCUACAGGAGCGAAAACGUCCACAAGGCAAAGGACGCAAAGCAACAAUCACGGCAACAUCAGCGAGCUGCUGGACAAUCUGCUUCGCGGUUACGACAACAGCGUCAGACCGGACUUCGGUGGUCCACCAGCCACGGUUGAGGUCGAUAUCAUGGUGCGCAGCAUGGGUCCGAUUUCCGAAGUCGAUAUGACUUAUUCAAUGGAUUGUUACUUCCGCCAGUCAUGGGUGGAUCGACGUUUAGCUUUUCAAGGCGGCAAAGAAACUCUGGCGCUCAGUAUAUCGAUGUUGGCAAGAAUCUGGAAGCCAGAUACGUACUUUUAUAACGGGAAGCACAGUUAUCUGCACACAAUAACCAGUCCUAAUAAGUUUGUCAGACUUUAUCAGGAUGGUAGGGUACUUUAUAGUUCAAGGCUUACGAUCAAGGCUGGCUGUCCAAUGAAUCUCGAAAAUUUUCCAAUGGAUACACAGAGAUGUCCGCUACAAUUUGGCAGCUUCGGUUACACGAAACGAGACGUGAUCUACAAGUGGAACAGCGCCCGACAAGUAGCAAUCGCUGAGGACAUGAAAUUAUCUCAAUUUGAUUUAGUUGCCAAUCCUACUGCAAAUUAUUCUGCAUCGGCGACGCUUUCACACGCGGAAUAUUCAAUGCUGCUAGUAUACUUUCAUCUGCAAAGGCACAUGGGUAAUUUUCUUAUACAAGUAUACGGGCCCUGUGUUUUAUUAGUUGUCCUUUCUUGGGUCUCCUUCUGGUUAAAUCGAGAAGCCACUGCAGAUCGUGUAUCACUAGGUAUAACAACGGUAUUGACAAUGACAUUUUUGGGAUUGGAGGCACGAACAGAUUUACCUAAAGUUCCUUACCCCACUGCCCUGGACUUCUUCGUUUUUCUCUCGUUCGCUUUCAUUUUCGCCACUAUUAUACAAUUCGCAGUGGUCCACUAUUUCACCAAAUACGGUUCCGGCGAAUGUUAUUUCAGCUCCGAUUUAAGUGAAAGCGAGAGUUCCAGUGAUGAAGAGGAAAUAAAUACGAGACGAUUGAAGAAAGAAUCGGUAUCUCAUUCGCACAAAAGAACUGCCGGAAACCUAGCAGCACGAGGACACCCAAGUCGGAAUUUCACAAUGAAUGAGGACGGUAUGAUCGAAGUGAUACCGUUAUCAGCAAUUCCGGAACCUAGCAGAAAUCCUACAGUGGGUCACUGGCAGAUGUCCUGCGUGACUUGCAGCGCGCCUCCUCCUCAAGCUCCUCCGAUCAGAAAAGGAUCCGACCGAAGACGACGUAGGAGAACGCCCAGAUACAAUUCUGUAUCGAAAAUCGAUCGUGCUAGCCGCAUCGUGUUCCCUGUGUUCUUCUUAGCUAUCAACGUGUUCUACUGGUACGCGUAUCUAUCGAGAAGCGAGCGUAUCAAUUACUACAACGUGAAUUCAAACGGCACGUGAGACCGGUCACUAACAAUGAAUAGGACAACCAAAGGAAAACACGUGUACAAACGUUCUCCACGGAAUUGCUCGUCGGAGGAGAUGUCAAUCGACCAAUCUACGAUACUAGUUUAAGCGAUUACGCGCGUAAUAAAUACAAAAUUGUUUUUCUGCAAUGAAGAGUUCGCAAGGGCAACGAAAGCUUCGAACGAGUGGAUGAACGAAUAUGUAAAUUCAGUUGUUUGUAAGUUUAAUUGCAUUGUAAAAAAUGGAACAUGAAUGUAUACACUGUAAGUAUUUGUAUUUAUAUUUUUAAUUCUCUAUGGGUUUGUGAUGAAAUUGAGUCGUUUACAAUCCCUAAAUGAAAUUUCGCUUUCAAAUAUUUUCGAACAAAUGUCAAACAUUUGACUUGAGAAACGAUUAGAUAUAACGUAGUAAACGAUUGAUGAGCGUCCCAGAAUUUUUUUUGGAGAACUCAAGCAAUAAAAAGAUUAUGCUUCGGUAUAAGCGAUCCAAUUUUUAUGUCGAAAAAAUAUUUUAUAAGUUCUUCUAUCGAGGUUUAAAAGUUGUGAUACAUAGUGUAUAUUUGAAUAUGUAACAUAAUUGGUUGCAUAUUUUUUUGAAGAAAAUAUGAAAGAAGAAUAUUAUUCCAUUGAAUGAAAAGUUCGUUCAUCUUGCUCAAACAUCAUAUUCUAUAUAAAUAUGAUAAUUAAAUUGAUGUUGGUAGUUUGAUGCUAAUGAUUAUAAAAAAUUACAGAAAAUUGAAACCUAUUUUUAAACUGAUUGCAAAAAAUGAAUCAAUGUUUGAAAUCAGAACAAUAAUCUUUGUAUAUUUUUAAAGCUGAUUUGCAUUCGAAGAAAAUAUUAUUCCUUCUUUG